AAAUAAAUUGAACAUAUAGAACAUAAUGAAUUUGUACCCCAAAACUUGAACCCUCCCAAACCUAACUUCAAGCGAGCAAGGCAAAUGCUAGUACUAUACUCUCUGUUCUGAAAUUAUGAAAUAAUAUUUAACACAGAUCGACUCUUCGCCCCCUUUCCCUUCCCUCUGUCCUCGUACAUCCUUCCCUCCCAGUAUAAAACCCACAAAAUUUGAAGUUGCUGAAUUAGGGUUUUCAGUCUUCGUAUGAACUAGUUCAUUGGGCCGAAGAAGAAGAAGAAGAAAGAAGAAUGCUGGGUCCUACCGCAUCGAAGUGGUACAGAGCCAGCGGGCUUCUCUUCCAACUUAGACCCCAUCGCAGCUUCAAAGCAAAUUCCUUUAGCACCAGAACCGCCUUCCAUGGAAACCCAAUUCUCCUUCCAAAAACUUUGACUUCGAACAGCGUGCUUCCAACAUUAAGACUCCCUUUCCAUGUCAACGCUUUCCUCUCCGAUGCCUCAUCAGCUCCUGCCCCGCCAGAUGGCCGCUCGUGGUUCUCUACAUCGCCGGACCUGAGAAAUCCAACUCCUCCAGUUUCUAAGGGAACUUCCGUCGAACAGAUUACGAACGUUAAGAUCUUCCGAACUCUCGCAAGUUACUUGUGGAUGAAAGAUAACUAUGAAUUCCGUAUCAGGGUCAUUGCGGCCUUGGGCUUCUUGGUUGGGGCUAAGGUUCUCAAUGUUCAAGUGCCUUUCCUCUUCAAGCUUGCUGUGGAUUGGUUGAGCUCAGCUACUGGCAAUGCUACCGCACUUGCUUCUUUCACUGCCGCCAAUUCAACCCAGUUGGCUCUUUUUGCAACUCCUGUUUCGGUUUUAAUUGGAUAUGGGCUUGCACGCACGGGUGCUUCUGCUUUCAACGAAUUACGGACUGCUGUGUUUUCUAAAGUAGCACUGCGAACAAUCCGAUCAGUGUCUAGGAAGGUCUUCUCUCAUUUGCAUGACCUUGAUCUUCGGUAUCAUCUUAGUCGAGAAACCGGCGCACUAAAUAGGAUAAUUGACCGUGGUAGCCGUGCAAUAAAUUUUAUUCUGUCGUCUAUGGUGUUCAAUGUUGUGCCCACCAUUUUAGAGAUAUCUAUGGUUUCAGGUAUACUGGCUUACAAAUUUGGAGCACCUUUUGCAUGGAUCACUUCACUAUCAGUUGCUGCAUAUGUGGCAUUUACAUUGACUGUCACACAGUGGAGGACUAAGUUUAGGAAGGCCAUGAAUAAGGCUGAUAAUGAUGCUAGUACAAGGGCAAUUGAUUCACUUAUUAAUUACGAGACUGUAAAAUAUUUCAAUAACGAAGCUUAUGAAGCCAGUAAAUAUGAUGAGUACUUAAAGAGGUACGAAGAUGCUGCCUUAAAAACACAACGCAGUCUUGCUUUUCUGAACUUCGGCCAAAAUAUUAUAUUUAGCACGGCUCUAUCAACUGCUAUGGUGCUGUGUUCAAAUGGUAUUAUGAGUGGCAAUAUGACAGUCGGUGAUUUGGUCAUGGUGAAUGGGCUUCUAUUCCAGCUAUCGCUUCCACUUAAUUUCCUUGGUAGUGUUUAUCGUGAGACCAUACAGAGUCUUGUUGACAUGAAAUCUCUGUUUCAGUUACUGGAGGAAAGGGCCGAAAUUGGUGACAAAGAUGAUGCAAAGCAUCUGAAAUUAAGUGGGGGGAGCAUUCAAUAUGACAACGUACAUUUCAGUUAUCUGACAGAAAGAAAGAUUCUUGAUGGGAUAUCAUUUGUUGUACCUGCUGGGAAGAGUGUGGCUAUUGUUGGAACCAGCGGAAGUGGCAAGUCAACCAUUCUCAGAUUGCUCUUCAGGUUUUUUGACACACAUUCUGGAAGUGUAAGACAACUGAUCCUGCUUUUUGUAAUUAUCUUUUAAAUUAUUUGUAAUGAUCAACCGUGUAACAUGCUGACCGAAGAAAAAGGGGAAAAAAGGAAUUGCAACUGUUUGUCAAUUUUCUUCGGUGGACUAUUGAAUUCUGAAGAGUAUGAUGAUAAUUCUGUGCAGUUAAGUGGUGGUGAGAAACAGCGCGUGGCACUGGCUCGUGCAUUCUUGAAAGCACCUCCAAUUCUGUUAUGUGAUGAAGCUACAAGUGCACUAGAUAGCACCACGGAAGCGGAAAUAUUAAAUGCAUUGAAGUCCUUGGCAACUAAUCGAACUUCAAUUUUCAUUGCCCAUAGGCUAACCACUGCAAUGCAGUGCGAUGAGAUAAUAGUUCUGGAGAACGGGAAAGUGGUUGAGCAGGGGCCCCAUGAUGUUCUCUUGUCUAAGGCGGGGAGAUAUGCACAGCUCUGGGGACAGCAAAAUAACACAAUUGAUGCACUUGAUUCCAGCGUCAAAUUGGGGGCGUGAAUGUUGUUCCCAUUCCUCCAUCACUCUCUCCCUCCAAAAAUAAGAAAGAGUGGCUUAAGAAGUUGCUUUUCUGUCUGCCUUCCGGUAUUCUAUUAGCCACCUUGGAUAUUGAAUUAUAGGUUUAUCAAUGCACUUUGGAGUAAGCAAUGUUCUCAGGUGCGCUUGAAAGAUUGAUAAAUGGCAUGUGUUUUUUGCCAUAAGAUCCUUGUAUGAUCCUCACUCGACUAUUCUCAGUUCCCUUUCAUUUGUCUUUAAGUUCCAAGGACGUGCUUCUGUGAU